UAAUUUAAGUAGGGAUUGGUGGGUCAACAAAUGGGUAAAAGAUGAGCAAACUUUUUCCCCUCACCAACUCAGCUCAGCUCAUCUCAUCUCAUCUCAUAUGCUGCAGAGAGAGAGAGGCAGUCGUCCUUCUUCUUUAGGGAUUCAGAUUUGCAGAGGCUGGGGCAGUGAUGUGUCGUCCUUGAAGAGAUUUUUGGCUGCUUCUCAGCUCUCUGUGGACUUUCUGGUCAAGAUUGCGUAUGCGUGUGAGAUUGACAAGUAGGGGGGGCGCAGAACAGAACAGAACGGAAAAGUAGAUAGGAUCUUAUGGAGUACGAGAGGAUACACAAGGUUCAGACUGGAGUGAUAUCUCCGAGCAAGCUGAGGAUGAAGCUAAUCGGGGCACACAAUCAGAAAAAGAAGGAUGGAUCAAACAGCAAUUCGUCUAGAACGUCUCCUUCUAGGAUGGAAGAUUCCGAGUUUGUGAAGAACAGCUUGCUGGCAUCCUCGAAUGGAGAUUUUGUCGAUGAAGCUGCCACAAGUUUGGAAAUUCAUCCAAUCCAGCCUGAUUCUGGCUAUAUAGAUUCAACCCAAACCGAUGCAAAUUUGCUCCAGUCGAAGGAACUCGGAGGUAGGGAAAAUGGCGAAGCAGGCAAUAUCAGAUUGCCAGUAGUUUCAAAAGGGGACUUCAGUAAUUCCAGUUCCGUUCAUCCUGUUAGAACAUGUGAAGAUGAAAAUCUUGAUUACGAUAGUACGUCCAGCUUUGAGUUCCACAAGGGGGAGAGAUCAUCACUGCACCAUUCAGUGUCAAAGUCCUUGUCAAGACCAAUGUCGUCCAAGUGGAACGAUGCAGAGAAGUGGAUAAUGAACAGGCAGAUUGCACAGUCACAUGUGUCGAAGAAGAACAAUGUGCAAAAUCUAGGAAAUAACCGGGCAUUGGCCCCGAAUUCGGUGAGGGUUGCGCCUGAGUCUACAAGUUCUGAACACAAACCGUCGGUGAAGAGAGUUGAUUUUUGUCAGCCUCCGUCGCUGGCUGGAUCCACAAAGUUCGGAGGCUUUCCUAGCCGUGGACCAGCAGCAAAUUCAGGCCAAGUAAGUGGUGGAAAUUCAUUGGUUGAUUUGCGCCCAGAAAGUAUGGAUUUGGCAGAGGUAGAUGGCACAGGUUUGCCUUGCACCAAGAAUGUGACAGAUGAAACCUCAGGAAUUCCUGCAAUAAGAUCAGUGUCUAUGAGGGACAUGGGGACAGAGAUGACUCCUAUUCCAAGUCAAGAGCCUUCAAGGAGUGCUACUCCUGUGAGUUCGACGACUCCAAUCCGCAGCCCGACUUCCUCUAUGCCGUCGACUCCUCGCAGAGGAGAGCCGGCUCCAACUCCUGCGGAACACUUCAACAACAAUACAGGUGAAACUGGGAAGACAGACCUCUCCGAGCAAGAACUGAAGCUUAAAACCAGAAGGGAGAUCGAGGCAUUGGGCGUUCAACUUGGUAAGAUGAAAAUUGCUGCUUGGGCAAGCAAGGAUGAGAAGGAACUGAGCAUGUCAGGAAAUGAAGCUGUCGAAGGAGACGAGCUUGAGUACGAAAAGCGCGCAGCAGCAUGGGAAGAAGCCGAGAAGUCUAAGCACGCUGCCAGGUUUAAACGAGAAGAAAUAAGAAUUCAAGCAUGGGAGAGUCAGCAAAGGGCUAAACUUGAAGCUGAAAUGAGGAAAAUAGAGGCAGAAAUCGAACAAAAGAGAGUGCAUGCUCAAGCCAAGAUGGUGAAGAAGAUCGCACUGGCAAGGCAGAAAUCGGAGAAGAAACGAGCUGCAGCCGAAGCUAGAAGAAACCGGCAGGCUGAGAAAACUACGGCACAGGCAGAGUGCAUUCGGCAAACGGGUCGAAUCCCCCCUUCGUCUCCUUUUAUUUGCUGUGGUUGGUCAUAAUUCUAAAGUUUUUAAGGCCAGCCAUGUCCAUGUAUGUAUGAUUCUCAUCAUCCUUGGAAGAGGACCUCUCCAAUGCAAUAGUUGUGUACGCACUACUACUACUACUACUGUAUUCUGAUCCUGAUCCUGAUCCUGAUCCUCUGUGUAGAGUAUCUAUUAUCGCUUUUAAGACCGCGAUUUCAUAAUACUUGACUUGAUACUAUUAAAAUUGUUCAGUUGCUUUGCAAA